UCGACGCUGGCGUCGCUGGAAUCGAUUUAAUCGAAGAAAAUGUAGAGCUGCAGUAAAAUCUGUCACAUUUUAUUGGCUUGUUAUUGUCUUGGUCUUUCUGAACACAUUAACUAUCUCAUCGGAGCAUUAUAAUCAACCUGACUGGCUGACCCAGAUCCAAGAUAUCGCAAAUAAAGUUCUUCUGGCUUUAUUCACCUGUGAAAUGUUAGUAAAGAUGUACAGCUUGGGCCUACAAGCUUAUUUUGUUUCUCUAUUUAACCGCUUUGAUUGCUUCGUUGUUUGUGGUGGCAUUGUUGAAACCAUUUUGGUGGAGUUGGAAAUUAUGUCGCCCCUUGGAAUUUCAGUGUUUCGCUGUGUUCGUCUCCUGCGUAUUUUUAAAGUAACAAGGCACUGGGCAUCCCUGAGCAACUUGGUAGCAUCCUUGUUAAACUCAAUGAAGUCCAUUGCUUCACUGUUGCUUCUGCUUUUCCUCUUCAUCAUAAUCUUCUCGUUGCUUGGAAUGCAGCUGUUUGGAGGCAAAUUUAAUUUUGAUGAAACUCAAACAAAACGGAGCACCUUCGAUAAUUUUCCACAAGCUCUUUUAACUGUAUUCCAGAUUCUAACAGGUGAAGACUGGAAUGCUGUUAUGUAUGAUGGCAUAAUGGCAUAUGGUGGCCCAUCAUCCUCAGGCAUGAUAGUAUGCAUAUAUUUCAUUAUCCUCUUCAUCUGUGGUAACUAUAUCUUGCUAAACGUCUUCUUGGCCAUUGCUGUGGAUAACUUGGCAGAUGCUGAAAGUCUAAAUACAGCUCAGAAAGAAGAAGCAGAAGAAAAGGAAAGGAAAAAGAAUGCAAGAAAAGAGAGUCUGGAAAAUAAAAAAAGUGAGAAGUCAGAAGGUGACCAGAAGAAGCCCAAGGAUAGUAAGGUAACAAUUGCUGAAUAUGGAGAAGGAGAGGAUGAGGAUAAAGAUCCCUAUCCACCCUGUGAUGUACCAGUAGGUGAAGAUGAAGAAGAUGAGGAGGAUGAACCAGAGGUACCAGCAGGCCCACGUCCCCGUAGAAUAUCAGAACUGAAUAUGAAGGAGAAGAUAACACCAAUCCCUGAAGGGAGUGCCUUCUUCAUUUUCAGCAGCACCAAUCCAAUUCGAGUGGGAUGCCACAGACUCAUCAAUCAUCACAUCUUUACCAAUCUCAUCCUUGUCUUCAUCAUGCUGAGCAGUGUCUCCCUAGCAGCAGAAGAUCCAAUUCGCAGCCACUCUUUUCGAAAUAAUAUCCUAGGGUAUGCAGAUUAUGUCUUCACUAGUAUGUUUACAUUUGAGAUCAUUUUGAAGAUGACAGCUUUUGGAGCAUUCCUUCAUAAAGGGUCCUUCUGCAGGAAUUAUUUUAAUUUGCUGGAUUUGCUGGUUGUGGGUGUUUCUCUGGUAUCAUUUGGUAUUCAAUCAAGUGCUAUCUCAGUUGUGAAGAUCCUCAGAGUUUUAAGAGUCUUGAGGCCUCUAAGGGCAAUUAACAGAGCAAAAGGACUUAAGCAUGUUGUUCAAUGUGUCUUUGUGGCUAUUAGAACUAUUGGUAAUAUCAUGAUUGUUACAACUCUGUUGCAGUUCAUGUUUGCUUGUAUUGGAGUGCAGCUUUUCAAGGUAAGACACUCUCAAAAUUAACACUACAUCAAAGAAAGCAAAGAGAAUCCUGAGUAAUGCCGAGGGAUAUACAUUGUUUAUAAAGAUGGAGAUGUUGACAGUCCGAUGGUCAAAGAGAGGGUCUGGCAAAACAGCGACUUCAACUUUGAUAAUGUUCUGUCUGCUAUGAUGGCCCUUUUUACCGUAUCCACUUUUGAAGGCUGGCCAGCGCUGCUAUACAAAGCCAUUGAUUCAAAUGGCGAGAAUGUUGGACCUGUAUACAACUAUAGAGUGGAGAUCUCAAUUUUUUUCAUCAUCUAUAUCAUCAUUAUUGCUUUCUUUAUGAUGAACAUAUUUGUUGGUUUUGUGAUUGUUACAUUCCAAGAACAGGGAGAACAAGAGUAUAAGAACUGUGAGCUGGACAAAAAUCAGCGUCAGUGUGUGGAAUAUGCCUUGAAGGCACGUCCUCUUCGUAGAUAUAUUCCAAAAAAUCCUUACCAGUACAAGUUCUGGUAUGUGGUGAAUUCUACUGGAUUUGAAUACAUCAUGUUUGUCCUCAUCAUGCUGAACACACUUUGUUUGGCUAUGCAGCACUAUGGACAGUCUAAGCUCUUUAAUGAUGCAAUGGAUAUUAUGAAUAUGGUUUUCACUGGUGUGUUCACUGUUGAAAUGGUUUUGAAACUGAUUGCAUUCAAACCCAAGAUUUUUGUAAGAAAAAAGGAAAGAUGGCUAGGCUAUUUUAGUGAUGCCUGGAAUACGUUUGACUCCCUCAUCGUUAUUGGCAGCAUAGUAGACGUCGUUCUCAGUGAAGCUGAUCCAAAGCCAACUGAAACAGUCACAACUGAUGAGUCUGGGAACUCCGAAGACAGCGCUAGAAUCUCCAUCACUUUUUUUCGUCUCUUCCGGGUGAUGAGGUUGGUGAAGCUGCUUAGCAGAGGAGAAGGAAUCAGAACUUUACUGUGGACAUUUAUUAAGUCAUUUCAGGCUCUGCCUUAUGUUGCUCUUCUGAUAGCCAUGCUGUUCUUCAUCUAUGCUGUCAUUGGAAUGCAGGUAUUUGGAAAAGUGGCCAUGAGGGACAACAAUCAAAUAAACAGAAACAACAAUUUUCAGACUUUCCCCCAAGCAGUCCUCCUCCUCUUCAGGUGUGCGACUGGCGAAGCCUGGCAGGAAAUCAUGCUGGCAUGUUUGCCUGGGAAACGCUGUGAUCCAGAAUCCGAUUAUAAUCCAGGGGAAGAAUACACAUGUGGAAGCAAUUUUGCCAUCAUUUAUUUUAUCAGUUUUUACAUGCUUUGUGCAUUUUUGAUUAUAAACUUAUUUGUGGCUGUCAUUAUGGAUAACUUCGAUUAUUUAACACGUGAUUGGUCUAUUCUGGGUCCCCAUCAUUUGGAUGAGUUCAAAAGGAUAUGGUCAGAAUAUGACCCUGAAGCAAAGGGAAGAAUAAAGCAUCUUGAUGUGGUUACAUUACUGAGACGCAUUCAGCCACCACUUGGUUUUGGCAAAUUAUGCCCUCACCGAGUUGCCUGCAAGAGGUUAGUGGCCAUGAAUAUGCCACUAAACAGUGAUGGAACCGUCAUGUUCAAUGCUACUUUGUUUGCUUUGGUUAGGACUGCUUUAAAGAUAAAAACAGAAGGUAAUCUAGAGCAAGCAAAUGAAGAACUUAGAGCAGUUAUAAAGAAAAUAUGGAAGAAAACAAGCAUGAAAUUACUGGACCAAGUUGUCCCUCCAGCUGGCGAUGAUGAGGUAACCGUGGGGAAGUUCUAUGCCACCUUCCUGAUACAGGACUACUUUAGGAAAUUCAAGAAACGCAAAGAACAAGGACUGGUGGGGAAAUAUCCUGCGAAGAAUACCACGAUUGCUCUGCAGGCAGGACUAAGGACACUUCAUGAUAUUGGCCCUGAAAUACGCCGAGCUAUAUCCUGUGACUUGCAAGAUGAUGAACCAGAGGAAAACAAUCCAGAGGAGGAGGAAGAUGUUUAUAAAAGGAAUGGUGCCCUCUUUGGCAACCACAUAAACCAUAUUAGCAGUGACAGACGAGAUUCAUUUCAGCAGAUCAACACCACGCACCGUCCCUUACAUGUUCAGCGGCCUUCAAUUCCAUCUGCAAGUGAUACUGAGAAAAAUAUAUAUCCUCAGGCAGGAAAUUCUGUAUACCACAAUCAUCAUAGUCACAACUCGGUAGGAAAGCAAGUUCCAAACUCAACAAAUGCCAAUCUCAAUAAUGCCAACGUGUCCAAAGUUCAUGGGAAACAUACAAAUUUUGGAAAUCGUGAGCAUAGAUCUGAAAAUGGUUACCAUUCAUACUCCAGAACUGAUCAUGAGAGGCGUAGAAGGCCAAGCAAUAGGAGAACCCGCUACUAUGAAACAUAUAUUAGAUCUGACUCUGGUGAUGGGCGUCAAACUACUAUUUGCCGUGAAGAACGUGAAGAUCAAGACUACUGCAAUGAUGAUCAUUAUUUGGCAGAGCAGGAAUAUUUUAGUGGAGAAGAAUACUAUGAAGAAGACAGUAUGUUGUCAGGAAACAGACAUAUAUAUGAUCACCACUGUAGAUAUCACUGCCAUGAUUCAGAUUUUGAGAGACCGAAAGGUUAUCACCACCCACAUGGUUUUUUUGAGGAAGAUGAUUCACAGAUCUGUUAUGAUCCAAAAAGAUCUCCUAGGAGACGGCUGCUACCUCCAACACCAACACCACACAGAAGAUCUUCCUUUAACUUUGAAUGCCUCCGCCGACAAAGCAGUCAAGAUGACAUACCACUUUCUCCUAAUUUCCACCACCGCACUGCUUUACCACUUCACUUAAUGCAACAGCAGGUCAUGGCUGUUGCAGGUCUGGAUUCCAGCAAAGCUCAUAAACAUUCACCAAGCCGUUCGACGCGUUCCUGGGCUACCCCACCUGCAACCCCUCCCAACAAGGACCGUACUCCAUAUUACACACCUCUAAUCCAGGUUGAUAGGGCUGAAUCUACAGAGCAUAUGAAUGGUAGCCUGCCUUCCUUGCAUAGGAGCUCUUGGUACACCGAUGACCCCGGUAUUUCCUACCGAACAUUUACACCAGCCAAUUUAACAGUACCUAAUGACUUUAGGCAUAAACAUAGUGACAAGCAGAGGAGUGCAGACAGUCUGGUGGAAGCGGUACUUAUAUCUGAAGGCCUAGGAAGGUAUGCAAAGGACCCUAAAUUUGUUUCAGCUACGAAACACGAGAUUGCUGAUGCAUGUGACAUGACUAUUGAUGAGAUGGAAAGUGCAGCAAGUAAUCUUCUCAAUGGAAAUAUCAGCAACGGGACCAAUGGGGAUAUGUUCCCAAUUUUAAGCAGACAAGAUUAUGAACUUCAAGAUUUUGGUCCUGGCUACAGUGAUGAAGAACCAGAAACGGGACAAUAUGAAGAAGACUUAGCUGAUGAAAUGAUAUGCAUUACAAGUUUAUAGUAUUUAGCAAGGAAAAUGAUUCUAACAACAGAAAAAGUGCCUCAUAUUUUCAAGAUGCUAGGCACUAGCUGGAGUGAAUAACCAAUCAUGUUUUGUAUGAGUGAUGUCACACCUCGAGGAAGCCAUAACUAAUCAAUUUAUUAUCUCCAUGUUGCCGAAAUCUGAUCAGAGCUUCAGUACGUCAAGUUCCCUGCCACAGAAUCUUCAGUUCCUCUGUAGGAAUAAGGUUAUUUUGAAACCAAGCAGAUGGUGACAAUCACUUUUUUGAGGGCUAGAGCAGGAUUCUGAGGUGUAAUAUCUUGCCUGUCUUUCAACCUUGUGCUGCUGUCCUGUAUAGUAGAGCAGGAUUUUGUCACUUAAAACGCCUGCGUAAGUCCGUCGCAAAAUUGCAUGGGCAAGGUGAGAUGGGUGAUGACAACCAAUAAUGUCAUUCCCUCAGCACUCAACAGCAUAUCAGCUACCUGUCACAUAUCCAUUCUAACGUUUCCAAACUUGCCUCCUCAUUUCUUUUCUUAAUGCUCUUCUAAAAUACAGUUGGUCAUGCUCUACCUGUUAGAGAUGGUUGGAAAAAGAAGUUAUACAAUCUGUCAUAUGUAACACCAGUUUACAUAGGAAAAUAUCAUUCAGAUAGUCUGUUUUAUGACUAUCACGUUAAGGGCAAAAUAUACUGGAAUAAUUGCAUUCUUACUAAUGCACUUGCAACCAGGUUAUAGUAGAAUUAGAUAAGAUAGUUUGCUAAAAAUUAUAUAGUAGAACAUAUUGUAAAUGAAUUGUAAUAUACAAUGAUUUGUAUUUGUAAAGAGAUGUUCUAUAUUUUGUAAUUAUUGUACCGUAAUUGAACUGCAGCAAUAUUUAUGGACCCUAAUUAUUGUAACUCUCCACAGAAUUCUAGAUAGAAGUAUUUUUACUUGGAAUAUAUAGAUCUAUAGCAUAAAUAUUUAAAUAGAGCCACCUCUCAGUGUAAAUCUC